AUGGGCCCUCGCCCGGGCGACCUUGCCAAGGCUGCCCUACUUGCACCUUUCGGCCACAUUUUAACGAGUUUUGAUUAUAGAGAUCUCAGGAUUUUUCAAGGGGCAGGGCUCAGGUUUCGCGCACCUGAAGGCUGCGCAGAAGGGCGCGGUGGGGCGCGCGCCUGGCCGAGGGGUGGUGACGGGGUUGCUCGCCUGUUUCCAAAUUUACCAAUAUUUAUGCUUCUUUUGUCUUGCCGACAAAUGAAAGUGACUAUUAUAAGAAGACAUGUUCUCGAUAGAAUCUGUAAGAUUUUAUUUUGA